AUGGGUGUCAAGACACUUUUUCCACCAUCCACAGUCAAACCUCAGUCACAAUACUCCAUAGCAGCCAACAUCGCCAAUGAAAGGACCGGUGCAAAGAAAACCGGGUUCGGCCACCUCAAUGGAGGUGAUAUUGCAAUCCUGAGAGACAGUUUCUCAGUAUCAACGUGGCUGCUCCUAGGCGGCGCUCUUCAGGUCCUGCUGUCUUUCCUCUUUCCACGCUCGUAUCUGGCCAUUCCCAUCGUUGGCAUCCUCGGCUGGAGGAUCGCCGAUGCCUAUCUGAUGCAUUUUGGAAUCAAAAAGAACGUCUGGGCCGAGGGUGUCAUUAAGGGCAAAUGGAGCGUCGGAUACCCCUCCGACGGCGAAACCGAAAUCGUCCACGGGAAACCAGGCGACAAUGGUCCUGGAGCUGUAAUGAUUCUUGGAGCUAAGAGCAAUUCACCCCUGGGCAUGUUCGCUGAUGGUUACAAAGGAGUCGGUGUUCGUUUCCACGAUAUGCUCGUGCAGUUGGAAGACAAGGCAGAGGAAAGUGGCUGUAAGCGCUCUAAGAAAGUGAUGAAUCCAUACCAUCAGACUGACCUUCCGUUAGUCAUGGGAAUGUCCACCUGGGUCUCUGCGGGAGAGAGGCCUACAAACAACGAAUUUGCCACAAUCUCAUAUUGGCGAUCAGUCGAGGAUAUCCACAACUUUGGACUAUCUCCGAUCCACCGCGAAGCCUGGAACUGGUGGAACGAAACGAUCUCGAAGCACAAGCAUGUUGGCAUCAUGCAUGAGAUUUUUGCUCUGCCGGAACGUCAAGGCUGGGAGGGCAUUUACGUCAACUACCAGCCUACCGGCCUUGGAAUGACCACCAAGGCUGUAGAGUCACCUGAGAAGGGAGGUCAGAAGCUGUGGAUUAACCCCAUCGUGGAUGCCAGCCGUGGUGUAUACCGAACAAGCCAUGGACGGAUGAACAGGGGAGAUCCCGAGGGCAAGAGCAAUGACAGCGUCAUCGCCAAACAUCCUUACACCUCGGCGGUCCUGAUGCAGUAG